AUGGCAUCAGGAAACCUUCAAUGGGCAGCGCCUAAACCUUUGAAAUUAGACGGGAACGUCAGUGAAAACUCUCGCAAGUUUGAGGAGCACUGGACGCUCUUCGAGAAGACUGAGCUGAAAGGACGGUCUGAAGAGGAAAGAUGCUCAUACUUUCUUUUAUGCAUUGGAGAGAAAGGCCGAGAAGUUCACAAGACCUUGACGUUCGCAACGCCAGAAACAGAGACAAACCAAGAGGGUGUAACAACGUGGAAGAGAACAACAAACGAGCUAAAAUCAGCGUUUAAAACCUACUGUAACCCGAGAAAAAAACAUUACGUUCGAACGACACAAAUUCAACAUACGGAAUCAAGAAGAAAACGAAAGCAUCGACCAGUAUGUGACUGUUUUGCGCACUCUCGCAGCAACAUGUGA